GUGACUAUAGUCGGAUGUGAUUUAGAACAGGAAGCGAAGUGGUUGUGUGUGGUGCCAAGAAAUUAUUGUGGUGUGUGAAAUGUAGCUGAAGAAUUCGAUGUACGCAAAAAGUACAGAAGUUAAAAUGAAUUUUGUGUAUAUAUCUUAUACUCUUCAGAUUGUUGUGCAUUUUCGUGUGACUUAAAACCCGUAAAGAAUACAUUUGACAAGCUGAGAAUUUCACAUGGAAGAAGGUCGCGUGCUACUUUUUGGUAUUGACCUAAUUAUUGUAUCUCUCAAUGCCUUCGUUGUUUAGACUCGCAGGCAUUUCAUGGCGGGCCAUAUGUAAUUUUUAAAGUACUUGUUUAAUGCAAUGAAAUGAAACUGUAAAGCUAAGUCAUCUGUCGACAUUGUCAAGGUCCUGAUCAUGUCAAAUAAGAAACAGCAAUCUUACAAUAACAAAGCCACAGAACCUGGCGUCGCCCCUCCUCGGUACCAGCCUCCCCCACAAGUAUCAGGUGUCUCUGGCAUCCUGAAGCACUACCCUGCCCAUUCACAGUCGCAGCAUCCAACAUUUAUUUCAGCACCAGUUAUAAAAGAUGGUAAAAAUUAUCCUACUCAAGUUUCACAUUUGGAUGGAGUAAAACCAUUUCAGCCAGAGCUUGGGAAGUACUAUCCUCCUCCACCACCACCACCAGUGGCAAACGGGGAUUCGAGUAAACCCAUAUAUCCAGGACCUCCACAGUACCCUGCACCACCUUCGGUAAUUCAGCCUCCUGUGCAACGGCGUCCAAAUCCCACUGUUGGCCUUCCACAGAGACUUGGUGACGAGGAGUUGUUGAGGUUAGGUUCUGUCGAAAUGCUGAAGUUUGUACGUAAGGCCGAGAGCGACACAGCAAGAGUUGCGUCUGAACAGGGUCAGGCCGCAAGGGAGGCAGCACGACGAAUGCAAGGUUAUGUAAGUGAGAUCAGGAUGUUAAAGGAAGCAAAUCAGAGACUUGGUGAUGAUAAUCAGGAACUGAGAGACCUCUGCUGCUUCCUGGAUGAUGACAGGCAAAAAGGACGUAAACUGGCACGAGAAUGGCAGCGAUUUGGACGGUACACUGCAAGUGUGAUGAGACAGGAAGUGUCUGCAUAUCAGAGCAAACUGCGAGAACUGGACAACAAGCAGCAGGAACUCAUAAAGGACAAUCUUGAACUAAAGGAGCUUUGCUUAUAUUUGGAUGAAGAGCGAAACCAGAGUACUGUGUGUCCAUCAUGUGGUAGUGGCUUGCGACCUGGUCCAAGGGAUGAUGGUGAUGGCAGUAGUUCCAGUACCAAUGCAGAUGAACCUCCAUUACCAGCACAAUUCACUGCGGCUAAUCCUCGUCGCACGGAGAGCAGAGAACGACUUCUGGAGGAGAGCAUUCAGCGACAGCGCACAGUUUUUAAUGAUCAAGUGAUGCAUUAUGUGCGCAGUUUGGAACAGAGGGUGAAACAGCUGGAAGAGGAAAAGUUGGCCUUGCAGCAGAAAUUGGGUCAAGUGCCAGGGGCAAAUAGUUCAAGUGAUCUUCGUUCUAAUGGGAAUUGGGAAAGUGAUAGUUGCGGUAGUUACCGUCCUGAAGCUGUUGUACAAGCGUUGCAGGUGCUUGAAGUUCGUGAACAGCUAGAAAGAGGCUCGGGAACUCAUGAGAAUUGUUCUGGUGGCAUGGAGACACUGGGGGCAGCAGGCCCUGGCCUUGAUAUGGCAGCUGUGGAUCUGGAUGAUGGAGAGAAGGCUCUUGUACGGGAGAUGUGUAACGUUGUCUGGAGAAAGUUAGAGGAGGGUCCAGGUCAAAGACGAUGAAAGGUUUGAUACUUCUGAGUUGCUGCAGAGUUUAUAAUGGGAACCCGACAAACUCCAGAGAUAAAUUAUUUGCUGAUUAACACUGCUUGUUCUUAUGGCAAAGCUAACUGUUGCAGAUUUAAUCACAUUUUGCAGAAGAAAGCAGGAACUUUGAGAAAUAAUACAGAUAUUCCAUUACAUGCAUUAUGACUUUAAAACUAAAAUAGCCUUUGAUUGCAUAACACCUUAUGUUUAACGUACUUGGGUGUACACCUUCAUUCACGCAAUGUAUACAUACUUGUUACCGUGCUUAAGCAGCGCCCCCACCAAAGGCACGUAGGAAACACGGAGGUAAUCUAUGUCUAACGUCUUUCAAACCAUUUCUUUUCUGUCCUGAUAUGUCAAGUUUGUGGAGGUUUGAACUGAGACUUUGUCUUCCGGAAAGUGCCUAACAGCAUCUGCAUUUUGGUUGAUUUGUGCAUAAUAAGUCUGCUUUGAAUUUGUAAGUCCUUGUCUGUGUCUUAGGUCCUAUAGCAUCUUGUAUACUGCAUAAGCUCACAAAGUAACUUUAUAACUUUUAAAACAUGUGAAAAUAUGAGUAUAAUUUCACAAUAAUACAGCCAGACCAAUAAAGUCUACAUUUUAAUGUGGUUACCAGUUGCGAUGCUGGAAUUCUCACAGUCGGUUUAUUUGUAUUUUCUUUGUGGUUUCCAAGCAGCACACUUUGGGAGUAACAGUCCUCUGCUGUUUUGACAUUGUAUUAGGGUAUUUCGUUAUAAACAGGCUUUACCUACUAUUUUAAUGCUUUAACGCUUGGAGUUCUGCCAUCUUUAUUCAGGAUAGUACAUUCCAGGAAACGUCUUCACAUACGAUGGAAUUUUCCAUGUGUAAUCAGUAUGCUAUUGUUAAAUGAACUGAAGAUGAUAGUCAUGUGGCUCUAUUGCUGUUACUAUUGCAGUACAAAACAAUUAAUUCAGACUAGAGUUGCAUUAAAUUUGCAGAAAUACUGAAUUGAAAAUGGUUGUAAACAGUGAGACUGUCUUUUGUUAUGUGGUUCUGCUUCCUGUUCUGGCCUCUUCCCUCCUCCAUUUAGAUUGUGACUAAGGAGCCAGCAGUCCUAAUUGAGGAUUUUUAUUAAUCCCUUGAGGAAGUUAGCAGAGUAGUAUGGUAAAUAGCUGACAUUUUUUUUCCCAGCCUCUCUAUACAUUCAUCACUACAUAACUGUUGUUAUUCAUACCAUGAUAUCAGACAUUGGAGUUGAGUGGUUAGUACUUUUGCUUUCUGUUUGAUAAGACUGGGGUUCAAGUCUUGGCCUGAAUGAGGUUUUUAUUAUGGUUUUUCUCACUCCCAACAGGCAAAUACUGGAGUCAAUCUUGCAAUAAACCACGUUCAUUUUCAUAUCCUUUCUAAUUCACUAAUCUAUUUUAUCAUUUAAUUUUAUGUGAUCUGAGCAAUUGGAAGCAUUGUUAAAUAAACCAAAAAUGAGUGGAUACCACGAUGAUAACCAAGGAGUAAUAUAUGACUGUGUCUGGUAUCAGUAAUUUAAUCUUCUGUUGAAGGAUUGCAUUUUAUUCUUAAUGAAGAUGUUCAUGUAGAAUUAUUUUAUAAUGCAGUAUUAAGGAUUUAAUUUACAUAGUAUUCUUCAGGAGAAAAUCUUGAAAUGUAAAAUUGUUUAAUGCAAAUUAAAUCGGUUGACGGGGCGAAAGUACCUUUCUUUUUUUGGUACUUACAGAAACUUAAUUCGUCAGUAAUAAAGGUUCUUUUUAAUUUUCAUUCAUUUUAACUCUGAUGUUAAAGUGGGAUAUUGUUACUCAGAGAAUGAUGAAUCAUAAAUGAAUUGUUAAUAUAUUUUAAUUUGUAACAUUAUUAAGAUUGUAGUUGUUUGUAAGUAUACAUAUAAAUUUCCUUUAUAAAACAUUAUUUCUGAAGUAUAAUGGUUUGUAUUUGAUCUUAAAAGGCAUGGCAGAUUUUGUACAUAAGUAAAUGUAUAUGAAAUAGAUGACAUACUAUAUAAAACUUCAAAGGAGUAAAUUAAUCUUAUAAUUGUUAUAUAUGUAUAUUUUAAUAUGUUAUUGAGCACACAGUUUUGAUGGUGAUAUUUUAAUUGCAUAUCAGUAUAUCACUUCUUGAUGUUUUUCUGUUUAAAGUGGAAAACGGGACUUGUAAAUGCUAUCUUUAUGUAUUAGAUACACUCUGUACAUAAUUAUGUCAAUAUUAUUGUAAUGUAAUGUGAACCACUAUUAUUUAAUUCUUUGAAGCAUAUCACUAUUCUAACCUUACUUAAAGUAUUCUGAUAAAAUAUUCCACACCCAUCAAUAUAUCAGAUUAUUAUUGAUACAUACUAGUUUUUAAUAAGUUGUCUAUUCAAAUUAAUUUCCAUGUUUGGAUGAGCCUUCAUCCAGUCUGUAUUGUUUGUGAGUUACCUUUAGUCUGUUUUGUUUAUUUCAUUGACAUGUUUGGACUCUAUACACGUCCACUACCUUUUAGACCCUGUACUGUAGAAACAUUUACCAUAAUAUUAUUUACCUACAGUUUUAAAAUUUUCAGAAAAAAUAUGGGAAUCACAUGGUGUUGAACUGAGAUUUUUUCAAAGGAACUUUGGUUCCUAAAUUAAAAUACAGAGAGUGAUUCCACUUUCUUCUUUUGGCUUCUUCCUCUUCUGGUGUUAAAAUUUGUCUCAUGAAUUGCAUAUUUUGGCCUCAGGAUUGCAACAGAGUAUAUGUUAUUUUUAUAUAUAUAUAAAUAAUGUAAGUAUUUAAGGGACCAUAGCAGUCAUCCAUUUUGCAGUUUAUGAGGUACCUGUAAAUGCUGUCUAGUGUGUUCAGUAUUUGACAGAUCUGAAAACGAGCCUUUGGGGAUAUUGGACAGUCUAGUCUCAAACGUUGUCUGACAUUUCAGAGGUGUGUAUUGCCUCCAUGAUCGGUACACCCCACUGAAUUGUUGGUCAGCUUCGAGACUACAAAGUGCAAUAUGCCAGAAGGCUGUUAUCGUCAUAUUCACCGCUGUGAAAACCUGAAAUCUCAUGUGGCAAGUCUGUUGGAUUUAUUAAAUAUUUCCAACAUAUUUAUGAUAUACUGUGGCUUCCAAUGUCAGAGUUUUACUGAUUUAUACCUAUGUUUAAGUGCUGUGUGGAUUAAAACUAUUUUAAUAAUGCUAGAAUCUGAGGGUCAUAUGAGCUGCCAUUUAUAUUCUUUAUGAAACUCUGUUUGGUACAGUACAUUAUCUCAUAAAUGUACACAGUUGAAUUGUGAUGUGGUUUUGUAGAAUGAUGAAAUUUACUUAAAGAAACUAAAUGAGUCCAUAGAAAUCUGUCAAGACAGCUGACAGGUUAGAGUUCAAAUUCAAGGACCUUAAAAACAUAAAUAGCAGACAUGGCUGCUGCAAAAUUAGCUUGUUAAAUGCUUGUAAUUUAUCUGUUACUGAAAGUCUCAUCAUGUUGCUUGUGCUGUUAACUGUUUAACUUUAUCGACCAUACGUUGCGAUCCAGCUGACUGUCACAUUAGCAUAACAACUAAACCAUUAACCUCAGAGAUAAUGUUCAGCCAGGAGCCCCCUAUUCCCGUGUAAUAAAGGUUAAACUAUUCAUCAUAUCAUUGGCUGAUAACAAUGGCUUGUCAUGCUGCACAGUACAAGAUUUUAUUGAGGAAGAUCAAGAAGUCUAUUUGUCUUUAUAUGUAAUCAACACAAAUACGUCUGAUUGACGGUUAUGAUAUUGUAUAAUGCUAUGUUUUGGUUAUUAAUGUUUGUUUUUAAAAUAACUUUUCUUUGUUCCUUAUUUCAUGUAACUAACAAAUGACUUUCUUUAUCAAGUUUUUUAUAUUGAUCUUGAUGAUUAGUGUUGUUCUAUUUGAGAGGGAUGUUUAUACAAGUAAUAAUUUCUAAAGAAUGUUACACUGCAGUAUUUAUGUUAUAUGUCCUAUUGAAGUAGGUGUUGGUAUUAGUGGAAGAGUAGUAAGCAGAAUUCCCACCACUGUUUUUAUGAAUAAUAUAUUGAAUACAGGAUUGUAAUUAUAUGCAUUUUUGUUAUUUUUACAUUUGUAACUGUGAAUAUUGUAAAGUACUCAUUUAAGUUAUUUUUGUAAUCUCCAAAAGCAUAUUUAUAAAUAAUAAUUAACAUGUAUCUCUGUUA